AUGGCCUCGACCUCUAAGGCCAUUGACGGGUUAGCUGAUGUUCGCCGAGAGUCUGGUCUUCACUUGAUCAAUCGAGUUAAGCAAACAACGGACCCACCGGGCGAUUCGUUUAUCCAAGACUUCGACUCCCAUAUCAUCAGAGCAUUCCCCAAACUCGAGCAGACUCUCCCAAAAUCAUCCUGGGCGCGUGGUGACAUUAUUGAGAUUCAGGGACCGGCCGCAAGCGGCAAAACCCACUUGCUUUACUUCUGGGCUAUGACAUGCGUACUUCCUUAUCGAAUGGAUGUGAACUUGGAAGGCUAUCAAGAGAAAAAAGAUGUGCUUAUUGUCCGUCGCCUAAACGCCAUCAUUAGUUCAUACCUACGAGACCGACUUGGUACCAUCCUCCCUCAAGAUACUCCCGAAUCAUACGAUCGUAUAAUAUCCCAGGCUGUUAUAAACGCACUGAAGCGGGUCCACCUGUUUCGACCUGAUUCUACACUCUCGCUCGCGACUACGCUGAUGGCAAUACCUACAUACCAUCGCACAGGUAUGGCAGACGAACAGAUCGGGAUGCUAAUGGUCGACGGGAUUAGUAGCUUCUACUGGUCCGACCGUUGGCUUUCUGAGCAGAUCGAGAACGAGCCUGCAGAAGUCCAAACUACGGCGCCACAGCCUCCCCCACCUCCACCGCUGCGAUCAGACGCGAACCCAUUACGCCAUGUGCUCACAGUAAUUCUCAACCUACGUCGUUCUCUCGGGUUGGUUGCGUUGCUCACAAACUGGGGUCUUGCGGCGCUCGACUCACAAGUUCCUCCUUCGACUGUGUACUUUCGUCAGCAUUUGCGUGCACCGUACCCAUCGCCGUUCGAGUCUGAGCCGCGGGCGAGUAAAUUCUCUCUCACACACCAUAUCACAAUUCCUUUACAAGGACCCGAGCCGUUAAGAGAUGACGUAUUACCAGAAGAUGAGACUGGGGACCAGGAACGUGAGGAUCAAGCUGAGAGAUCACGGGCGAUGGCCAGAACGAUCGGCAAACGACCUGGAGAGGCACGGACGGUUAUAGAAUCUGAGCUUGAGUUUACGGUCACCGAGAGCGGUAUCUCUGUAUCAUAG